AUGGCGGAAUCCAGCAACCUCAAGAACGAGGCUCGACGGAGCGAGGAGGGCCACGGCCUCCUCAACGGCGAUGAGAAGCGAAUCGAAGAGAGCUACGAUCUCGAAGCCAACAGCACUGCAGCCACCGAACAACAAGCCAACGCCGACAGAGUCCGCAACCCCGUCGAGUACACCAUCUCACCUCAGGUCAAGUUUGGCUGGUUGAGCGCCUAUUUCAUGUUCAGCUUGGUUUUGACCCUCUACAACAAGUUGAUUCUCGGAGCGUUCCCCUUCCCGUGGCUUCUCACCUCACUUCACGCCACGUGCGCGAGUUUGGGUUGCUACUGCUUGCUGCAAUGCGGCUACUUCACCAUGUCCCAUCUGGGACGCCGCGAAAACCUCAUUCUCCUCGCCUUCAGCUUGCUUUUCACCACCAACAUCGCCGUGUCGAACCUGUCACUUGCCAUGGUCUCCGUGCCAUUCUACCAGGUCCUCCGAACUACCGUCCCCGUGUUCACGGUUCUCAUCUACCGCGUUGUCUUUGGUCGCACUUAUGAGAACAUGACCUACCUGACGCUGGUUCCCAUCAUGAUUGGUGCUGCUCUGACCACGAUUGGCGAGUACACUUUCACCGACCUGGGCUUCCUGCUCACCUUUGCGGGCGUGGUGCUUGCUGCGGUCAAGACCGUCGCUACCAACCGCAUUAUGACCGGCCCCCUGGCCCUCCCCGCUAUGGAGGUCCUGCUGCGCAUGUCGCCCUUUGCGGCUAUGCAAUCUUUGGCCUGCGCCAUCGCCGCCGGCGAGCUCGGAAACCUCAACACCAUGCGCGUGGAGGGUAACAUCAGCCUCGCCACCCUUAUCGCUCUCCUCGGUAACGGAAUCCUCGCAUUCGCCCUCAACGUUGCCUCUUUCCAGACGAACAAGGUCGCCGGUGCCCUGACGAUGAGCAUCUGCGGUAACCUGAAGCAAUGCCUGACGGUUGGCCUCGGCAUUAUCGCCUUUGGCGUCGAAGUCCACCUCUUCAACGGCUCCGGCAUGAUCCUCACCAUGAUUGGUGCUGCGUGGUACAGCAAGGUCGAGCUCGACCGCAGAGCCCGCAAAUAA